AGGAACCAGGCUGACCUGCUGGGCUUUACUCCAGCAGACGAAGGCUUUCCGUUCACUGAGGAGUGCUUUAACAAUUCGCCAGAAUGCGUUUUGUCGCCUUUUUGAUGCUCUUUGCAACCUGUGUUGCUGCUGACUUCCUGCCUCUGUACUCGUACUCCCCAUCUGUGGGGUCGGGCAGUGGCAGCUCCUACACCAUCACUGGGGAGGGACGGAUCACUUCCGUCAGAGUCUGGGAGUACUAUGGAGGCCACAUUUAUGGCGUCCAGUUCAGAUAUGGAUACUCCUGGUCCAACGUCGCCGGCUACAUCUACGGAACCCCCCAAGAGAUGGAGCUGUACGACGGUGAAUACAUCGUCCAGAUUUCUGGAAAAUACUCUCACUACCUGCAGACCAUCAUCUUCGUCACAAACCGAGGUCGCUCCCUGUUCGUGGGUCAGCCGUCCGGCACUUCCUUCAACAUGUACCCCGAACACCAGGAGACGGAGCUGGUCUUCAUCAGCGGACGCUAUCACGGAGGCCUCACCUCUCUGGGGGCCCACUGGGCCGUGGUCGACCCCACCUUCAACAUGACCACCCACUGAGCCCCAAACUUUUAAAAAUGUAAUGUGAUUUAUGUAAAAAAAAUCAAUAAUUUCUUGGUUCUUUUAUUAUUUUGUCCCUAAAAUGGAAAAAAAAUGUUUUUUGCAACGUUUGUGAUUCUGUCUGUUUUUAUGUUCAGGCGUCUAAACUGUAAACUGAUUCUAAAAGUACAAAAUAAAUUAAAAAUAUUUAAAA